AUGUCCAUUCUUCUCGAGCCGCCAGAGUUGGCCUUCAGACGCCCUUUCGAUCGCGAGGUCUGCGAGGUCUUACAUCUGAGCAAUUCAAAUGCCGAGCCUGUUGUGUUCAAGGUUAAAACAACCGCCCCGAAGCACUACUGCGUGCGCCCGAAUUCAGGACGGAUAGAACCGGGGAAGAGUGUGGAUGUUCAUGUGCUGCUCCAGGCCAUGAAGGAAGAGCCUGCGUCCGACGCCAAAUGCAAAGACAAGUUCCUGGUUCAGACCGUCGCCGUCACUGGUGAUCUAGAGUUUUCGAAUGUUUCGUCCAUUUUCGAGAAAGCUUCCAAAUCUGCCAUUCAGGAGCGCAAGAUUCGAGUGAACUGGCUACCCGCCGAUGCCCCAAGUGCCGAACAGACUGCAGAGACAAAUGGAAUUAGCGUAUCCGAAGAAGAACCUCCUGCCUAUACCUCCCCUGGUGCGAACUACCAGACUCCUGCGGUUGGAGUUUCCAGCAAAACCACCAAUGACACGUCACCUAUCCCACCGCCAGAUUUCAGAGAAAAGCCCAAGCGGGACCCCUUGGCCCAACAAUCAAAUGAGACUUCGACCACGUCUGCGAAGAAUACCGCAUUGGGCAUUCCGACUUCGGCUGAUGAUUUGAAGGCGCAACUUUCCGAGGCUACUGCUCAGAUUCACAAACUCAAGGAGAGACUUGCGGAUCAGGGACUGCGACAAAGGAAGAUUGGAGGUGAAACCGAAAAGACUGCGCCCACGAUGCAACAACAGCACCCUCAGUCCGCCGAGGCAGGUGUGCCAGUGCAGGUCGUCGCUGGACUAUGUCUGUUGAGUUUCUUGAUUGCCUACUUCUUCUUCUAA